AUGGUGGGUGGGCAUAGAAACGCUCCAAAGUUUGCAAAUAUUUACUUUGGAACUAGUACCGGACAUAUUGAAGUUGUUUCACAGCGUCUUAUUGGUUGUCGUGUAGUCAAAGAGGAGCAGUUUGGUACUAUAAAAUAUGUCGGUCCCAUUGUUAAUUCAACUGUUGUCUGGUUGGGAAUCGACUGGGACAAUCCCAAGUCUGGUCGCCACGAUGGAACUUUUAAAGGGAUAAAGUAUUUUACCACACAUCAUCCCACAUCAGGCUCAUUCUUAAAGCCCGAAAAAGCAUCCUUGGGAACUAGUUUGGAGGAAGCCAUAGUCACACGCUAUGGAAUGUGCGCUGAAUGUCAGAUCGUUGCCCGUAAUCCGAAUCUUUUCCAGUCUGGUGGUGAUCCUGUCUCAGGGGUAAAAUUAGAGUCUGGAUCCUCUCCAGGUCAGUUAAAGGCUACCAUGGAUAUGAGCCUGUUCGAAGCCGAAUUCCUCGGAAACGGUGUUUCCAAAUCCAGUGCACCCUUCACCGUGGAAAUUUUCACCAGUUCGUCGGGUGACCUAAACAAUCAUCAGACUUGUGGUGCUGCCGGUGUCGCCCAAAAGCUUUCUCGUCUUCGAGUUGCCUGUAUACCUGGUAUGCCUGUCUAUCGAGCAUUGAAGGAAAAUGAGACUCUUGCUGAUGAUGUUAGGACGUUGUGGCCGGGUCCUGGCGGUCAAAUGUCCGUCUACCUUGGGGCCCUUCGUGAACUUGAUUUGUCUGGCUGUCUUAUCUCCAAGUGGACUGAAGUUGCCGGUAUUUGCAGCCAGUUGCCGGCGCUAUUGAAGCUAAAUGUGGGAUCUAAUCGUUUGAGGUUGCCUAUAACAACAGAAAACGAACUUUGUGAAAUUUCUGAAGUAGAGCGUCGCUUACUGUUGGAUGUCGACGUUGAUGCUGUAGCAGCCGAAGCAUUGUGUUCUACGGCGUUCCCAUCGAUUACCCGUUUCGUGGCCGUCCAUAUGCCGCCAUUGAAGGACGGUGGAAUACCCUUUGGCUGGAACGAAAUAACGCGCAUCCUAGGCUGGAUGCCAUCUUUAAAGGAAGUCUGCAUCGCUUAUAAUGAGGUGGUGCUUGGGGAUCUACCUGAUCCUUCUGUGGGAAUUGGAGUUCGCCUGGCCGAGCUAUUACAAAAACUUAAUGAAGUAGAUUUGACUGGAACUGGACAAUGUAGUUUUACACGCAUUCUUUCUAUGUUGGGUUGUUCAACCAAUCUUACCUCUCUCGUUCUUAACGUGAAUCAACUUAAGGAAGUUUGUCUUCCUCGAGAUGUGAUUCUUUUUCCUUCAAUGACCCAACUUGCUAUUCGAGAUAACCUUAUCAGUGACUGGGAAUCUGUGAAUGCCAUGGCUCAACUUCCUUCUCUGACCAAUCUUAUUGUCUCUCAAAAUCCCAUUCUCUCUAGCACUACACCGGAAACAGCGCGGCAGGAGUUGAUUGCUCGCCUGCCAAAACUAAAAUCUCUCAACCGGCAGGAAAUUGAGCGCGAUGAACGGAGGGGUUCGGAGUUGGAUUUCUUAAAACGCUACGGAAAAGCCUGGGCAGAUGCUGAGAAACAAGGUGAAGAAGCGAGGUGUACGUUUAAGGCGCAGUAUCCUGUGUUUGAACAACUGUGUGAAAAGUACGGUGCUCCUGAGUCUGGUGAAACGAAAGCUGUCAUCCACGCUUUGAAGGAGAGCUUGGUGGAGCUAACAAUAACGUGCGAACCCCCGGUGGCGGCAACAAAUUCCCAUGAAAUAGUAAAGCGGCUUCCAGCCCGGAUGACUGUGAACCAUCUGCGGAGCCUUGUUCGACGUCUGUUUCAUCUCCCCACCACCGCUACCAUUGACCUCGUAACGUGGGGUGCGCGGCCCGGAUUCGACGAAGUCGAGGUGCCGAUGGACUCUGACACUCGGGAAAUCGGUUUCUUCGGCAUCGUUAGUGGUGACCGACUGGUUGCUCGAUGGUCACCAGAGUCGUAA